AAACCGGAACGCAGAUCCCAGACUCUGGAGGAGAAAGAAGAGUGGAUCCCUGAGCCGGCAAGUCGUGAGCUCCAGAGCUACCAGGCAGGAUCCCCUGGAUAGCGCGCUUAGCCGCUGGACGGCACGCCCCCCUUAGCUUCUGCACCCUCUCCUCUGGGCGCCUCCUUAUCUGCCCCUGGAGGGACUUUCACCUGCAAAGGUGCAGGACAAAGCAGCAUACCCGGCACCCACCAUGCACCUCAACAGCUCAGUGCGGCAGGGCACCCCUGGUGAACCCGAUGCCCAGCCCUUUUGGCGACCACAGUCUGAAAUGGAAGCGACGUUCCUGGCGCUCAGUUUGAGCAAUGGUUCUGGCAAUACCUCGGAAUCCGACACGGCAGGGCCCAACAGCAACCUGGACGUGAACACUGACAUUUAUUCCAAGGUGCUGGUGACUGCUAUAUACCUGGCACUCUUUGUGGUGGGCACUGUGGGCAACUCCGUGACAGCCUUCACUCUAGCGCGGAAGAAGUCACUGCAGAGCCUGCAGAGCACUGUGCAUUACCACCUGGGCAGCCUGGCACUGUCUGACCUGCUUAUCCUUCUGCUGGCCAUGCCCGUGGAGCUGUACAACUUCAUCUGGGUACACCAUCCCUGGGCCUUUGGGGACGCUGGCUGCCGUGGCUACUAUUUCCUGCGUGAUGCCUGCACCUAUGCCACAGCCCUCAAUGUAGCCAGCCUGAGUGUGGAGCGCUACUUGGCCAUCUGCCAUCCCUUCAAGGCCAAGACCCUCAUGUCCCGCAGCCGCACCAAGAAAUUCAUCAGUGCCAUAUGGCUAGCUUCGGCGCUGCUGGCUAUACCCAUGCUUUUCACCAUGGGCCUGCAGAACCGCAGUGGCGACGGCACGCACCCUGGCGGCCUGGUGUGCACACCCAUUGUGGACACAGCCACUGUCAAGGUCGUCAUCCAGGUUAACACCUUCAUGUCCUUCCUGUUUCCCAUGUUGGUCAUCUCCAUCCUAAACACCGUGAUUGCCAACAAACUGACAGUCAUGGUGCACCAGGCCGCCGAGCAGGGCCGAGUGUGCACCGUGGGCACACACAACGGUUUAGAGCACAGCACGUUCAACAUGACCAUCGAGCCGGGUCGUGUCCAGGCCCUGCGCCACGGAGUCCUCGUCUUACGUGCUGUGGUCAUUGCCUUUGUGGUCUGCUGGCUGCCCUACCACGUGCGACGCCUGAUGUUCUGCUAUAUCUCGGAUGAACAGUGGACUACGUUCCUCUUCGAUUUCUACCACUAUUUCUACAUGCUAACCAACGCUCUCUUCUACGUCAGCUCCGCCAUCAAUCCCAUCCUCUACAACCUGGUCUCCGCCAACUUCCGCCAGGUCUUUCUGUCCACGCUGGCCUGCCUCUGUCCUGGGUGGCGCCGCCGCCGAAAGAAGAGGCCAACGUUCUCCAGGAAGCCCAACAGCAUGUCCAGCAAUCAUGCCUUUUCCACCAGCGCCACCCGGGAGACCCUGUACUAGGAGGCCCUGAGGAGGUAGAGAGGAGGCCUCAGCCUAUGCACAGGGCCCACCCCCCACCCU